UCUCAUCUUCGACUUACAUCCUCAUCCUCACCACUCUCACCUAAAUACGUACCUACAAAUAUCACCCAAGAGUGCCUAAUCUUCAAAAAUGGCACCGAACCCGCCAACAAUCGUAUCCCUGAAACAAAGCUUUCUCAUAACGCAAACGCGCCUUUUAUCCCAACCCCUCGCUCCAACCAACGCCUGGCGCAACCACAACAAUAGCAACAGGGAACAAGAAGACAACGCCGCAGGCCUGCCCGAAAAGGCCGUCGACGAUGCACUCUUCAAGCUCAACCACCGCCUCCAGCAACACGCGCGCCGUGUGUACGCGCCCCAGGCGACGCGCCACGUGGCUGAGCAAAUAGACCAACUGUACUGGAACGCUGCCGAGGCCGCCACCACCGGCGCGCACGCAGGCGACGGUGAGGAUGAUGAUGAUGAGGAUAGGGAAGUUGUGGAGGGGUUGAGUGUGGGUGCUGAUCUAGGUACGAUGCGUUUGUUCUUCCCCCGGCCCAAUUCUUUUCCCAUGAAUGUCCCAGCCGUGCUCUAUCCCACAGACAGAUAUACCUGAAGUGAACAGACCAUGAGACAUACAAUACAAUAUGCACUGUACAUCGGAAAAACUCCAUUCAGUCCUCUAUCCGUCAAGCCAGCUAGUGCGAACCAAACCAACUAACAAUUCCCACCAGCCGACCCAUCCGUGAUCGCCGCCCUCCCUUCAGAAUGGGACGUCCCCUCCGAGUCGGCAGCCCACCCGCUCGAGGCGAAGCGCUACGCCGAGCUGGCGGGCGAGCUGCGGGCCCUUGCGGAGCGGAAGCAGCAGGCUCUUGCGCGUGU